CAGGUGCACAUGGUAUCUGUUACCUUUCCAGGCGCUACCAAUUAUCUAAAGGUAGAAACAGCAACAUUUGAGCGAUCCUCUGAUCCGAUAGGCUCUCCAGAUCCCAGUGGGCAAGUAACUGAAUAAGUCGGUGCUUAUAAUACAAUAUUAAGGAGCACCUCCAUUCCAGAAGGUGGUACGUCAGGCUAGAAAUGUUACCUAGGCAGCUGCAGAGAGGGGAGGAGGAAGGGACUAAAUGAAGUCUGUGACUAGAACAGGGAGACUGGAAAUAGCUGAAUGGAAGAAGCGCUGCUUCGCUUACCUUUACGUUGGAAACGUCUUAUCUUAGCAACGCUUGCAAUGGGCUUUACUAGAAUUUAAAAAUGUCUGCAAGUCUGGGGCGUUGGAAUGAAAGAUAUCACAGCACAUGAAUAAUGAAAAGAACAGAUAAACCACUGGCUUACCUUUCUUUGAAACGCGGCUGUGCUGUAGGGACAGCGGUUUGCACCCGGAGUAAGGACUCUGUGAGAUCAUUCACAAUACUUCCACUCCAGCUCAGACAGGAAGAAGAUUACUGACUUACUGCAGUGUGUGAAAACACAGGACCAGAGCUAAAUCUUUUUGGAUGCAGGGAUCACAAGGAUCAAUUGGGAUGGGCCGGCCAUGGUACUGGAACUGACUGGUAAACAUCUAAUGCGCUUGAGGCAAAAUGACAUCAUACCCUCACUUUAAUCUGGCCAAGCAUCAUGGAGACAAUUUGUCUGUUUCUUCUUUAGAAUCUAAUGUAUUUUGUAGUGAGGAACACCUUAAUGAAAACCCUUUGGAUUUUUUUAUCAUAAAUGUCGGAGGUAGCAGGUUUGUUUUGUCCCAUGAGAUGCUGUCAUCAUACCCAGAGACACGUCUCGGUAAGUUGGCGCUAUCAGAGCGAGCAGCUGCUAUUGAACUCUGCGAUGAUGCUAAUUUCACUGACAAUGAGUACUUCUUUGACAGAAGCUCACAGGCAUUUAAAUAUAUAGUGAAUUAUUACAAAACAGGACGACUGCAUGUGAUGGAGGAACUGUGCGCUAUUUCUUUCCUUCAGGAGAUUGAAUACUGGGGCAUUGAUGAGCUCUGCAUUGACUACUGUUGCAGAGAGAAAUAUUACAGGAGAAAGGAAAUGAGUGAAACACUAGAUAUGCGAAGAGAUGUAGAAGAACUGGAAAAUGAAGAAGAGGAUUUUUCUGGGAUUGUUUGUGAGAAUGUAAGGCAGAAACUGUGGGAUGUUUUGGAGAAACCAAAUUCUUCUGUAGCAGCAAAAACUUUUGGAACUCUUUCAAUUAUUUUUGUUGUCCUGUCUAUUGCAAACAUGGCUCUCAUUUCCUUGGAUGUUAGCACACUGGAACCACCAUUCCUAAAUGCUUUAGAAUAUGUCUGCAUAUCUUGGUUUAGUCUGGAGUUCCUACUUCGAUUCCUGUGUGUAAAAGACAAGUGCAAGUUCCUGAGAAGUGUUGUAAAUAUUAUUGACAUUUUGGCUAUUUUGCCAUUUUAUAUAACUCUGAUGAUGGAAAAUCUGUACGGAGAAAGUACAGAAUUAGAAAAUGUAGGACGGGUGGUUCAGUCACUCAGACUUAUGAGAUCUUUGAGAAUGCUCAAACUCGGCAGACACUCAACAGGUCUUAAGUCGCUAGGAAUGACGAUUGCUCAGUGCUACGAAGAAGUAGGUCUGCUGCUCCUGUUUCUUUCAGUGGGCAUUUCCAUAUUCUCUACAGUAGAAUAUGCUGUUGAACAUAAGAUUCCGGGAUCAACAUUCUCGAGUGUACCUAAUGCGUGGUGGUGGGCAACAACCUCCAUGACUACUGUUGGUUAUGGAGACAUUCGACCUGAAACAACUGUAGGGAAACUGGUGGCCUUUCUGUGCAUAUUAUCUGGAAUUCUAGUUUUAGCUUUGCCUAUUGCCAUUAUAAAUGAUAGAUUUUCUGCAUGCUAUUUUACUUUGAAGUUGAAAGAAGCAGCACUUCGACAUCGAGAAGCUUUGAAGAAACUCACAAAGAAUACGGCAAUUGAUCCCAUUGUCAAUAUCAAUUUACGAGACCUGUAUGCUCGCAGUAUCAUGGAAAUGUUACGUUUACGCACCAGAGAACGGGCAAGCACCAGAAGCAGUGGAGGGGAAGACCUCUGGUGGUAGCAUAACAUUUUUUUUAUUAUGGCCAGUAAGCACACCAUUUCUGUUUUCCAAGUUGGAAAAACUUAUGAUUAAGUAUUGUACGUGUCCAAGUUGGGUACAUUAGAAAAUCAACAUGCACAACACCACUCAUACUGUCUAUACUUGAUCUACAGUGUUUGAAAAAAAAGCAUUUUGUAUGGGUGUAAAAAAAAAAGAAACUGGUUCAAAGUUUUUUAAAGAAAUACUAAACUGCAGUAAAUUGGUUUAUUUAUAUAUUUUAAGAUAAUCAGAUGACAAUAAAUGUAGACCUGUUUGGAGUUAUGUAACUUUAAACUACUUAUUGUAUUUUAAGCCUGUUUAUGUCAUUGCACACUUUUCUAUGUGCUUGUAAUAAAAUAUAUAACUUUAA